AUGUAUGACCUGCAGAGCUCCAUGUAUGACCUGCAGAGCUCAGUGUAUGGCCUGCAGAGCUCAAUGUAUGACCUGCAGAGCUCAAUGUAUGACCUGCAGAGCUCAAUGUAUGACCGGCAGAGCUCAGUGUAUGGCCUGCAGAGCUCACUGUAUGGCCUGCAGAGCGCAGUGUAUUGCCUGCAGAGCUCAGUGUAUGGCCUGCAGAGCUCAAUGUAUGACCUGCAGAGCUCAAUGUAUGACCUGCAGAGCGCAGUGUAUGGCCUGCAGAGCGCAGUGUAUGGCCUGCAGAGCUCAGGGCCGGCCCUGCAGAACUCUCCCUGGCAGUCUCCUGCAGCACGACGGUCUGAUGCUGCCGUACAAGCCUGUCAUGCUGAUCAUGCUGGAGGCAUCACUCUCAAUGCUGCGGGUGAUGCCAGCAGGUGGUGCAGUGUUGCAGUGCAGACAACCUCUCUUCCUGCAUCUGCUCCUGACGACUGGGAUUUAACGGUGGGCGAGGCGCCUUUGGUCCCUGCUUCUGCCGUGAGUGAUUAUUCUAAAUUCUCAAGUGAUCUGGACUCUGGGGAAGCAGCUUACGAUGCUAGAGAGCAGCUAAGCCUCUACUCCCCUAAACCGGCUUACGAUCAGCUAGAGGUCUACAGGUCCGGCAAAGCGACACUAGCGACGUCUGGCAGCGGACCGCCCGCCACUUUAAUGGAGUGCAAAGCACUGGAGUGCGAGUCAUCAGACUCUCCUGUACCUGUUCCCGAUAUAAGUACAUUAGUUCAAACAGACAACUCUUAUAAAGAUGAUAUAUCCGUCAGACGAAGACUAAAUCAAUCUAACCAGCCCCAAGACAUGCCUCUUAACAAACCAAAACAAAUGCCUUCUCACGAAUACGAAGACGCUACGACACGUCAGCCUCUAGAUUCGUCGUCGCCCAACGACACCGGAGACGAUUAUCUGUCCUGUGCUGACGCCAUCGUGCGUGUUGAAAAAACUGAUGUCGUGCGUGCUGAUGCAAGUAACGUCGUGCGUGCUGAUAAAGCUGACGUUGCUGUGUGUGCUGAUGAAACAGACGUCAGUUGUUCAGAAUCGUGGCCUCAGGUGCCUCCUCUCCUCGCCAUGGGUCAGCUCAUCGAGUCAGCUGGAAUACCUCCCUUGGCUGUAAUCGCUGAGCUCUCAGAGGACGAACUGGAGAGGGCGUUCAGGCGCGUGGAGUUGUGCGUGCGAAUGGACCGCCUGACCCUCACACGACGGCUUGAGGUCCUCAAGCGACAGCGCGACACUUCCCUCACCUCCUACCUCACCGAGCUCGCUGCCCUCCACUCCUGCCUCGAUGAGCUGGAGAGCACAAACGAGUGGCCAGAAGUGUCGUCAGUGCGGCGUUGUGUGGCGGUGGUGGCGGUGGCCGUGGACGGUGUGGUGGACGCCUCGCAGCAGUGGGCGGCGGUGCAGCAGGAGUGGCACUUCUCACGCACUGUAGAACUGCUGCAGGCCUACACUAGGCUGGUGGUGCAGCGGCAUCAGCAGGCACUCCUGCAGAUACGCCAGCUAUCAAGCAUUGUGAGCGUGCCUGACUUCACCCCAUCCUCUACUGGAGACGUUGUCACCAAAAAACCAACUUUACAACGUCGUAACAGCGUCGUCGCGCCCUCACGACCUGCUCGGCGCGGCUCCCUCAGCCUUGAAGCCCUCGCUGCGUUGGCCUCCGACAUGAACUCCUCGAAAGCGCUGCUCCAGCCACCUGUAAACCUUGAUAAAGCGAACCAAAUCUCUGAGGAGGAAGACGAAAGCUCGUGCACAGAAGCUCUCGACAAGCGCCUGCCUCGGCAGCGGGCAACGUCUCUCGUGUCGGCGACUAGCGAUGACGAAAACAGCGAUGAGUCCGAGUCACGUACCGCCCCAUUGCUGCACUGCGCCAAAGAUCAACCAAAUAACUUGGCUAAUAAAGCCUCCAGUUGCCCUGAACCUAGUGGGCAACCUUCGAGAAAGAGGUUUACUACAUGGCAAGACUCGAUGCAAACAAAAUUCAGACAACUGCGACGGAGCUACUCGAUCCGACCUUUGGCCAUCGUUACGAUACGCCGGGCACUCGUCUGCUUCCUGCUAAUGGCGACGAUUUUUCUUCUCGUUCGUGCUGUGUUCUGCUGUUCAAACUUUUCUCCCGACUGCCGCAGAGGAUGGACAUCUGUAAUCGAGCCAUGCUACCCGUUCGUGCAAACCAAUUACAUUGGUAGAUCGAGCACCUCAACGUGAAACGCGCUUUCAUUUUUUUUUCUUUGCUGUGUUGUGAUAUUUUCGUUCCAGUAUUUUGAACCUAGUUUCGUUUUACAUGGUACUUAAUUACUAUGUAUGAUGGGAUUUUAUUUUGUCUCGCGGAUUUACAAGCGUUUAUCGCAUACAAAUUUACUCAUGACGCUGCCUUCCCAACACUUAUUCUUGUUGUGGUCGAGCAUGUUCUUUUACUUUUUAUUGACCGUAGGAAAUAUUUAUAUGUAUUUGAUCAUACCUAAAGAGUAAAAUGUUGUGCCUUUGUACUCGCGUUAGUAAACUGUUAUUUUUUA